UAUUUUGUUUUCGGAUUGACGAAGUGAGACCCUGAUCAUCACUGUCUGACUCCUCGUAUCUCUCGACCACUCUGGCCCGCGUCUCUUCUGUCUCAUCGUCAGACCCAAAAUUCUCAGGCGCUGCUGUUAUCAAACUGUUUAUUUUCUCUGCUAAACUCGAGUUUUUCGACUUUUGUGACAUUUUUUACGGGCGAUUUUGUUGUGAGGGAAGUGGACACAUUGGAGAACACGUGUGGAUGCAAAAUAUAACCACCAAAUCUGUGGCGCUGGAGAAUUGAGGGGCAUUUUAGCAGUUGUAAUUGUUGUUCCCGUCCACUCCACUGCUUACUUCGAGCUUCCUUGUUUAUCCCCAGAAUGCAGAACUCAUUGCCCUGAAAAAUAACUCCCUCAACCGUUAACGAGAUAUUGAAUUGAGAUACUGUUGCUGUGGCAUUCUCAACGCUCACCAUUUCAAGUGUUCAUCAAUUCCAAAAAUGAGCCAGCAAAAUUCGUGAAUGAUCUGCUCUUACUAUCAACCCCAUUAAUAAUAAAUGAAGAAAUAAGAUCCGAGGAAUGUGCCCGAAGUGUUGUUGACUGUCAGUGGGAGAUUUCAGUGAUGCAACCAUCAGUAGCCUUCACACCGACAGUGGUCCACCCCAUCCCCCAGAUUGAUCGGAGCCUGGUGCCAGUGUCCUACUGCUCUCGAAGGUUCAGGAGGAUUCUCCCCAAAUUGGAGCCAAAUGCUGUCCACAAUUCAGAGGUCCUGCCAUCAGUCCCCACGACGGAAGCUGUACCCAAUCCCUACAUCAUCAUCAUCCCGAGGGUUGACAACACAAAACCAUCGACACCAAAUAACGUGAGACUGCCUAGAGUAAGCAAGAGGAAAGCCAUCCUGAGAAUAACCAUCAAUAAAAUGUCGAAUACUGAGAAUACCGACGUCCUGAAUGAAAGCACUGCCACGAGGGGUGAUCACAAUGGACUAGACACGAGAGUUGACGAGGGAGAGCCACAGACUGAACGAGUUGAAGUCAGGAAUUACAAAUUGAACAGGUCUGUUGUUUUUUCGUUGGAUCCAGUCACCGGGGAAAUACUCGUGACCAAGAGAGCUAUUAAAAGUUCUACGUGUGAUAAUGGGGAUGUUGAGGGGAAUGUAAAUACGAGGCAGGAUUCAUCGCAGGGUGUCAAGUGUUGUGAGACAACGGAGAAAGUGAGAAAUCCUUGUGCUGAUGCUGGGGGACAGUGUGAUGCACCUCAAGGUCUGAAUGGUCUGGAUGAGAAAGGGAUUUGAGUAAUGUAUCGAUGCAUUUGACUUUUGUAAGGGACGGAUCGUGCAGAAUGUUUUUUAAAGAGUGAUGAACUGCAACGGUUUAAUUGAUGAAUCUAUUAUUUCUAGCACAGAGUUCAGAGCAAGCCUCAUUUUGUCUUGAAUACUUCGCAUGUGGAGAUAUUAUUUAUCUUUCGAGUUAUUAUAUUGUUACUUAUUGUGUUUUAUGAGACAAAUUAUGGGAAAUGUUGGAAUUACUCAGUGAUUUAUCGGUUGUCUUGGUUAUUGAAUAAUAAUAACUAUCUUGUGGUUAAAUAUU